AUGCGAUUUUCUACACCGAGCCUGGUGGGGCUCUACGGGCUUCUCUCGGCCAGUGCCUUCACUCUGGUCCGUGGAGAGAGCAGCACCACCUUUAUGAACGUGCGAGAGGAUAUGGUCAAGGACUACAAAAAUGAAGAUAUUAUCCCCACGGUGAAAUACUUCACGGAAUCCUCCUUCCACUAUCACUAUGAUGGCCGAUUCGCGGACAACAUCUUGCCGGACAAUGAAAUCACUCCCCACCUGUCCGCCUUGAUACAAACGUACCUCACGACGAUGGACUCGAUCGGCGCCGAGACAUGGAUCAUGCACGGAUCACUUCUGUCAUGGUGGUGGAACCAGAAGCUUUUCCCCUGGGACAAUGACCUCGACAUGCAGAUUUCGGAACCGACGAUACGCUUCCUGGCCGAAUACUAUAACAUGACGGAGCACCACUUCGACAUUCCCGGCACCAAGGACGGCCGCAAUUACCUCCUCGAGAUCAACCCCUACUACGUCGUCCGCAGCACGGAAGAUAGUCUGAACGUGAUCGACGCUCGAUGGAUCGACAUGUCUUCUGGACUUUUUAUCGAUAUUACCGCCGUGCGCAAGGAUGACGAUAAGCGGGCCAAAGGCGACAAGGGCGCGCUGAUGUGUAAGGACCGACAUCACUACGAGGAGAAUCAGAUCUUCCCGUUGCGCCAAAGCUACUUCGAAGAUGUGCCCGUCAAGGUCCCCUAUGCUUAUACCGAGCUGCUUGUCGAGGAAUACGGCUCCAGGUCGUUGUCCAACAAGAGAUUCCAAGGGCACAAAUUCAACGAAGAGACCAAGAUCUGGGAGCGUGCUCAAAGAAACGCGAAACGCUUCCUUCGACGAGGCUGGCGCGCUAAUGACCUGCCCACCCGAUCGGCUGGUAGCGAGCCUUACAUCCGUAUGGACGCGGCUUGA